AGCGAAGUUAAUGACUAACUAACUUCACCAUGAAGAUCAGCUUUAUCGUCCUAUUGGGCGGUUUUUGUACUUGUACUGUUGUUCUAGCUAGUAAUGAAUUGGGAAAUCAUGCAGUGGCAGAUAAACUACAGACCAAAGAUGUGGUAAAAGUAUUAUCUAAAAUUAUAUUUCAUGAACAAAAAGCUCGAGACUCUGGACUAGCUUCUAGACAACAUGAAAUUCAACCUAGAUUUUUUAUUAUCCCUCUAAUUUGGUCUUUGACAAAAAUGAUUGAUUACGGUAAAGAAGUUGUGGAAUUUCAUAAAAGAAAUAAAAGGAUGGCUUCUACCAGAAAAGGACGUUAUGCAAAACAUAAGACAAAUACCAAGAUGGUGCCUUCUGACAAAGAAAAAAUCCAUGAAAAUGAUAAGAAAAAUAACAAAAAAAUGACUUCGAAGAUAUAUAAAAAAAAAAUAUGUUCUAAUACAAGGAAGUCUAAGAAGAGAAUGCUUUCGCCACCAGGAAUAUCAGAAGAUUAAAAAAUUUAGAUAAUUAUAAUAUCUUGUAACUUUUAUUUUGGUUAUUACAGGGGUCACAACGCUAAAUUUUGUAAAAGAAUAUUAAAUUUUAUAAACUGCAUGUAGAUAUAAUACAAUAACAAAAAAUAAUUAAGAACAGUAAUCUGUUUUUUAUAUUGUAAUAGAAGUUUCUAAUCUGCUCUGCUCUAUUUACUUAAAUCGUGCAUCAUUUUGUUUUAUUUAUUUUGUGUUAUAUUUAUCGUGUUCAAACAUGAUAAUUCGCAGAAACGCA